GAUAAACAACUUAAUUAACAUUUAUUAUAUAAGUGCUAAUGUAUAAGCUAUUUCUAUAACCAAAGAUAAAAUAAAGACUUAACUACUUUCAUAUAAGUUAUCAUAUAAGUUAUGCAGGAGAGGUUAUGGAGUUAGUUAAGCUCCAAACACAGCUUAUAGACCUUUCAUAAUUUAUUUCUUGAGGUUCUUCUGAGAAAUUAAAUGGGUGUGUACUUGAAUGAACAGUAAAAUUUUUUUAUAUAAGAUUGUGCAUCGGUGUAACUGAGUAUCCGGUUCUGCUAGCCUUUGAUGCGACAAUUAACAGUCUCCAUGUCUAUAACAGUCUAACCAUCUUUCAGUUGCUAGAUGAGGAUGUUGGCUUGACAGUUGACAGAUACAUUUUGUAAUGGUUAUUAGGUUUGAGACCGAGGGGAAAUUUUGCCAAUCUUGCGGAGGAUCUGUCGUUUUUCGACUUGCAGUGAGUAUUCCAUGGAGGCAUCUAAGAAUUAUGGUGUUUUGAAGGGUACAGCUUUGAAUGUGUGUCGUUGCAACCCUCUUGAUGGGUCUGGAUAUGAUCCUCCAAGAUGGUUUGGUGAGAUUAAACAAGGGGAAGAACUUGACGAUUGAUUAAUUUCUAGUGGCAUAUUUUGAAUCGGUAAGCAUUGCAAACUGAGCAUUUUAUAAACUGAAGUUCGUUGAUGUGCUAAUACUGCAGGCUCUUAGUUGUUUUUCCAUCUGGUUUCUUGUGUCAUUUGGUUUCUUAAGAUCUUACCGCAUCAGAUAAAUUAGAUCAGGGAGAAUGAUAGCUGAGAUUGGAAUAUUAUUUACGAUGAUCAAAAUAAAAUGUCUUUCAUAUUUGUACUGGAAAAAAAACCGGUAUGAAAUAGUGAACAUCUCUGUUCAUCUUUCAAUAUCCUAUGCUAGUGCCUAGUAGUAGUAGUACAUCAACAACCACCCUUUUCAGUCCAAUAUAGCUACAUGUACUACUACUAGCAUAAGAUAUUGAAAGAUGAACAGUGAUGUAUAUUAUAUUAGGAUAUGGACCAUAAUCAGUAACUAGCUGUAAAGUUUCUAAAUAAUUAUGUUACCAUAAGAAAAGUUUCUCAAUAAUUCAACCUUUAUUACUGUUCCUUCUUUUUCUUUUGUGGUACAAAACACAUGAGCUGAAGUGAGAAACCAAAAAAGAAAAAGAAAAAAGCUUUUUGUAUAAUCUCUGCUCUUUUGUUUACUACAUCACUUAAAAUAUUGUGAUCACUACACCUUAUUAUAUGAUUAAAAAAUUAGAGAUGUAUAUUAUAUCAGGAUAUGGACCAUAAUCAGUAGCUAGCUGUAAAGUUUCUCAAUAAUUCAACCUUUACUUUAUACUACUGUCCCUUCUUUUUCUUUUGAGGAGCAAAACACAUGAGCUGCUGUAGUAAGAAACCAAAAAAGAAAAAGAAAAAAAGCUUAUUCUUUUGAUGCUAGCUACUGCAAAUUGGCGAAGGAUCUUGAAGAAUGUUCAUACUAGCUACUUGAGUUGAACAUUCACUGAAAGUGCUGAAAAUAAGAUGGCGAGUUUCUUGACUGACUUGGCGAAGCCGUAUGUGGAGAGAUCGAUAAAUGCAGCGAUUGCAGAAUCAAGUUAUAUUUGUUGCUUCACGUGCAUUGUGAAGGAUUACGAAGAAGAAAAAGAUAGAUUGGAAAUAGAAAGGACAACUUUCGAGCGGCGCAUGGAAGAGGCGACAAGAAGAGGGGAAGAUGUUCUACCUGAUGCUCUUGCUUGGAAAGAUGAAGUUGAUCAGCUCAUUCAAGAAGAUACCAAGAAAAAUCAAAAAUGUUUUUUUGAAUUUUGUCCUGAUUGCUUAUGGAAAUAUAGUAGAGGAAAAUUACUGGCAAAUAAGAAGGAGCGAAUUAAAGAAUUGAUGGCAACAGGAAAGGAACUAACAAUUGGACUCCCUGCUCAUCUUCCUGAUAUUGAACGAUGUACGAUCCAACACUAUGUGCAUCUUAAAAGCAGAGAAUCUCAAUACACAAAGCUUUUGGUUGAACUCAAAGAUGACAAUAAUUAUAUGAUUGGGUUGCAUGGAAUGGGGGGCACAGGAAAAACUACAUUGAUCAAGAAAGUGGGUAAGGAACUUAAGCAAUCAAAACAAUUUACUCAGGUUAUUGAUACGACAGUGUCAUUUUCUCCCAAUAUUAAAAAGAUUCAAGAUGAUAUUGCCGGGCCUUUGGGAUUGAAAUUUGAUGACUGUAAUGAUGUAGAUCGACCCGGAAAACUAUGGCACAGAUUGACCAAUGGUGAGAGGAUUCUUCUAAUAUUGGAUGAUGUGUGGGGAUAUGUCGAUUUUAAUGAAAUUGGAAUUCCAUAUAGUGACAAUUGCAAAGGUUGUAGGAUUAUUGUAACCACGCGCGAUCGGUCGGUGUGCAACAAAUUAGGGCGCAAUAAGACAAUCCAACUAGAUCUCUUAUCUAAAGAAGAUGCGUGGAUCAUGUUCAAAAAGUAUGCUGAUCUAAGUGAAACCUCAACGAAAUUUUUUCUUGACAAGGGCUGUAAAAUUGCAAAUGAAUGCAAAAACCUACCUAUUGCAAUUGUUGUUAUCGCUAGUAGUUUGAAGGGCAAACAACAUCACCAACAUCAGGAGGAAUGGGACAUGGCCUUAAAAUUCUUGAAAAAAGACAUCUCAAGGCACAAGGACGAUGAUGACGUUCUUGAAAUUUAUAAAUGCUUGAAGUUUAGCUAUGAUAAGUUGGAUGAAGAGGCCAAGAGUCUAUUCCUUUUGUGUUCUGUAUUUCGAGAAGAUGAAGAUAUUCAUACCGAAAGUUUAGCUAGGCUUGCCAUCGGAGGAGGUCUUUUUGGGGAAGAUUGUCGCAACUACGAAGAAGCCCGAAGACGAGUAGUUAUAUCCAAAAACAAACUCCUAGAUUCUUGUUUAUUGUUGGAGGCUGGUCAAAGGAGCGUCAAAAUGCAUGACUUUGCUCGUGAUGCAGCCCAAUGGAUAGCGAACAAAGAGAUUCAAACAAGAAAAGUGUAUGAUAAAAAUCAAAAGGCAAUGCUUGAAAGGGAGAAAAAUAUUAAAUAUUUGUUAUGUGAAGGCAAGCCAGAGGAGGUGUUUUCUUGUAAGUUUGAUGGUUCCAAGGUUGAAAUUCUAAUUGUCAUCAUUGAUACUUGCGGCUUCCGUGAUAGAGUAAUUGUCCCAGAUUCAUUUUUUGAAAAUAAUGUCAGCUUUCGAGUUUUUCAUUUACGGAUUGAUACUUUUUUGAUAAUUUUAUCAUUACCUCAAUCGAUGCAACAAUUGAAGAAUAUCCGAUCUCUUAUAUUUACAAAUUGUAUUUUGGGUGACAUCUCUUUCUUUGGAAAUCUGCAAAGUCUUGAGGAACUUGAUUUGGAUUAUUGUCGAAUUAAUGAAAUGCCUAACGGAAUUACAGAACUAGAGAAAUUUAGAUUGUUGAAAAUGAAGAGGUGUACAAUUGAUAGGAAUAAUCCAUUUGAAGUGAUUAAAAGAUGCUCAUCACUUCAAGAGCUGUACUUUGUAAAUUGGCAGAAGACUUUUCAUGGAGAAAUAACUUUUCCUAAAUUGCAGAGGUUUCAUGUAAGUGAGAAUGAAAUUAAUUCUUCACUAUUAAAAUUUGUGUCUAUUGAAUGGAGGAAAGAGAUUUUCCUAUCUGAAACAACAUUUAAGUAUUGUAUGCAAGAAGCAGAGGUUCUUAGACUAACAAGAAUUGAGGGGGAAUGGAGAAAUAUCAUACCUGAUAUUGUUCAUAUGGAUCACGGUAUGAAUGAUCUAGUUGAGCUUGGAUUAUGUUCCAUGUCACAACUAAAGUUCCUCAUUAACACUAAGCAUCCUCAUUCUCAAGUAUCAAAUGUUUUCUCCAAGUUGGUUGUGUUACGUCUAACAGAAAUGGAAAAUUUGAAAGAGUUGUGCAAUGGUGCUCUUUCCGUUGACUCUUUUAAGAGUUUAGAGAGUCUAUCUAUUGAGGAUUGCAAACAGUUGCAAAGCUUAUCAGGGAUUGCAAACCAAUGCAAUCUAAAGAGCGUGUCAUUGACGAGAUGUCCCAUGUUGAUCUCCCUAUUUGAAGUGUUAACUUCUCAUAAUCUAGUGUUGUUGGAGAAAUUGGAAGUAAUUGAUUGUGAGAAUCUUGAAUACUUAAUAAAAGAUGAAAGAAAAUGGGAAAUAUGUGAUAGCAACAGUAGCAAUCCAAUGUUUAUGAAAUUGAAAGUUCUUGAAAUUCUGGGCUGUCCAAAAUUUGAAAAAAUAAUUCCGCUUAUCUCCGCUCAUGAUCUUCCGGCACUAAAAUCUAUCAAGGUGGAAAGGUGUGAAAAGUUGAAUUACAUAUUUGGUCAAUAUGUCGAACUUGGGUCCCUAGAAGAUAUGGAGCUUGGCUGUGUACCCAAUUUGAUUGACAUUUUUCCAGAAUGUAAUCGUACAAUGUCUUUCUCCACUAACAGGUCAUCUCCUAUUUCUAUAUCUGCUUCUGAGCCAACUACACACUCAAACACUAUCAAAUGCAGCAUCUUGUCAUGGACUGAUAGGUAUUGUUGUGGUAAAAAAUUGAGGAGUACCACAAGUUCUAAAAUUCCAUUGAUUGAUGAGCAUCAACCGCACACCAAAUUAAUGAAAUCAAACUCAAAUUGUCUUAGCAUAAACAUUUGGGAGCUAUAUAAGAUCCUAUGCAAUGUUAAAAAGAUUGUGUUGACUGAUUUGAUGAAGAUAAAAUCAGUAUUUGUCCUAUCUUUUGCUCCAAUGUUGUUGGAAGUUUUGAUAAUUAAGAGAUGUCAUGAAUUGAAGCACAUAAUAAUAGACACGGGAGAUCAUGAUAGUACUGGUGGAAAUAACUAUGGCAAUGUCUUCCCAAAAUUAAAAGAGCUUGUCGUUGAUGAUUGCAUGCAAUUAGAGUGCAUAUUUGGACACUACAAUAAUGAUCAUCCAAACCACACUGAAAGAAUAUUUUGUGUCAAUGAAGUAAAUGAACAACAAGUGAACUCAGGAUUGAAGAAUAUUUUGUGUCCGUUUGCAGGUCCCAAAAAUUCUUUUGCCCUCCUGAAUCUAACAAAGAUAACAAUUAUUGGAUGUGAAAAACUACAAAUAAUUUUCUCUGACUCUAUAUUAAGAUGCCUACCACAAUUGGAUGAGUUAAUGAUAGGUGACUGUGAGGAGUUGAAACAUAUCUUCCAAGAUGAUUUGGAGAAUCAAAACAUGUCGUCUUCAACAACAUGCUUCCCAAAGCUAAAAGCACUUUCUGUACAAAAAUGCAAUAAAUUGAAAUAUGUGUUUCCAGUCUCUAUUUGUAACCAACUUCCUGAGUUAAAGAUUUUAUUCAUAACAGAAGCAAAAGAGUUAGAGGAAAUAUUUAAAAGUAGUGAAGGUGAGGGAAUUGAGAUUGUCAGGAUUCCAAAUUUGAAAGUUGUAGCAACCUUGGGUCUACCAAGCCUCAUCCGGACACAGGAAAUUCAAUUUCAGAGAGCAGAAUAUCAUUUUAUAAAGAAUUGUGAUAAACUCUCUUUGACUUCAAAAUCAACAGAGCUCAACUUCCAGCUCUUUUGGAGUAUUUGUGCUGAUAUUCCAGAUUUUGAAUGGAGUUAUUAUUUGUACAAUCAAGUUCAAGAGUUAGUUACUGAGAUUAAAGUUGAAGCAGCAUCAAAAGAUGAGAUGACUUCUCCACAGAUGAAAGUAAAACAAACACAAGAGACAGACCAAGAACUUGUUUUUGAAAAUGUUGUUGGUCAAGUGACACCAUUAGUAGCAAUACUACCAACAAAUUCAGAAGCACCGAGGAAUGAACAAUCAGUUGAUCAACAAAGUCCACUUGAAGAAACUGAUGCUACUGUCACACCUUCACAGUCGGAGGGUUCAAUGUCUGAAAAAGCUGUAGGAACAAAGAAUGUGUCACCUAUACAAUUAGUUGCUCCUAAACAAAAGGGUAUUGAGAUAAGUGUUGAAGAAGAAACUACAUCAGCUAAUACAAAGAUAAUAACAUCAUCAACUCGUUUAGAAUCAGGUUCAUCGUCAGAAAAAAUAGCAGCAGCAACUUUAUCCCCCAUCUCUGAAACAAAGAAUGAGUCACCUAAACAAAAGAAGGAUAUCAAAAUAAGUGUUGAAGGAGGAGCUGCAUCAACUAAUGUUAAGACAUUAGCAGCAUCAACUUCUAAGCGUGAAAAGCUUUCUCAUCAGGAUAUAGAGAUAAGUGGUGAACAAGGAACUACAUCAACCAAUUCCAUGGCAACAACAUUGUCAAUUCCAAUAGUUACUUCUGAGCAUAAUAGUUCAUCCCAGGAAUAUGGUAAUGGCCAAACAACCCUUCAAUCUUUUUCAAUUUCCACAAAAGAGCCACUUGCUAUGGAUGUUGUUGAUCAUGGAGGCCCACUGCAAACAAAACAGAUUAAAAAUCUAGGGGACACUUCUCAAAUAGUAGAAGAUUCAGGUUCUUCUUUAUUUGUCAGGAGGGAGCUUGAGCAACUAGUCUCUGAGAAGCAUUUGAAUUAUGAAACCUUGUCUCUAUUGACAGAUUUCUUUGUGAAGCAUCCUUCUAUUCUUUUAAAGGAUGCUUUACUGACUAAUAGAUUCAAGGGUUAUGCCUACACUUGCCUUGCAGAUUUGUUGACAUUCCUCCAAACACAUAGUGUGUUGGAUGUCUUAGGUUCAAGUCAUUCUGAAUUUGUUAACUUAUUACAAGUUAUGCGCAAUUUUCCUUUUAACAAGGAUUGGUUGGAUGGUGUUGAAAAACACGCUUUGUUUCCUGAUAUGCAAUUCUCUCGAGAUGCGAUGCAAAAACUAUUGGAUUCUAAGAAACAAGUUACCAAGGAAGUCGAAGAGAUGCGUUUGAAGUUGUAUUUUGUCAAUCAACAUGCAGAAGAUAUCAAGCAUCAAUUGAGAUCCUCUGAAGCUGUUUUGGCGAGUAUCAUUCAACAAGAGGAACAAGUUUUAGAAACUACGGCUGCUUUAAGUGUUCCUCUUGGCUAUUAGUCUAUAGUUUGUUGUUGAAGCUUUUACACUUGAAUGAAGUUUAUUCGUUAUGUAGUUUAAGGCUAUGUUUGGGAGUUUGGGGGGGAGGGGAGGGGAAGGCUUCCAAAAACAAAAUUUUAAAAAAAUGUAGGAAAAUAUUUGACAUUUUUUGAAAAAAUGAUUUUGUUUAGAAUGAUAAAAGAGUUAUUAUCAUUAGUAAAUUUUUUAUUUUUAAAAUAGUAUAACAACCUAAAAGAUAUUUGGAAUAUUUAUAUAAACCUUUCAAAACCCCCCAAAACCCUCCUACAAUACAAUUUUUGAGUUCCCCCAUUUUAUGGGGUUUUUGGUGUUAUGAAUAAACUCAAACCCUCCAAAACCCUCCUACCCAAAAUCUUUUUAUCCUUUUCACCCAAUUCCUUCUAUUUUUCAAAACCCUCCCCUCCCUUCCCCUCCAAACUCCCAAACAUAGCCUAAGCUUUUCUCAUUCGACAUGAACUAUGUAUUAUUAUACUUGAGUAUUUUAAGAUUGUUAUUAAUUGUUGUAUU